AAAAACAUCAGAUUACCCAACACAUAAACACACAUAAAGGGCAGGAAGAUGAGUUCUGUACAACAACUUCCUCUGCAGUUACGUAAUGGUACCAACUCCAAGACGGUUAUUACAGAGAAGAGAAGGUCGGUAACAACUCCGUCAAAUGGCAAUAAGCUAGAGAGCAACCCAACGAUUCAUCGUGACGUCGACAAAUGCGCAGAAGCUUUCAUCCAAAACUUCAGGCGACAGCUUCUUCUUCAGGGCGAUGAUUGAUAUAUAUAUAUAACAUAUAAUAAUAAUGUACAUAUAAACUGGAGAUUAUGUCUCAUGUGUGAUUCCAUAACGUAUCUACAUUUGACGUAGCUAGAUUUCCAUGCUUCCAAGGUUUCAGUUGUGCUAUAAGUAACAUCUCUUUCAUUUUCAUAAUGUUUAG